CCAACUUCUUUGGGUAGCAUGAGUAACUUGACUAUCUUGAAUCUCUUCAAUAAUUCGCUAUCUGGUUCCAUCCCACCAGGACUUGGUGAGCUCUCCAAGCUUGUCUUCUUUCAAUUGCAUAAAAAUAAGCUAAACGGUUCCAUUCCUCAGAAAAUAGGAAAUAUGAGCUAUGUUUCUUAUCUAGAUCUGAGCAAUAAUCAACUCAGUGGUAAAAUUCCGACAUCAUUUGAUGGUCUAACAAGUAUCACUCAUCUUUACCUAUCUAAUAACACUCUAUCUGGCAGCAUACCUAGAGAGAUUGGAAAAUUGAUGUCUCUUGUUGACUUGGAGUUUAGUGGUAAUCAACUUAGUGGUUCACUUCCAGCUUUCCUCGGAAAUUUGAGCAGGUUAGAGGUUUUGCAGCUCAAGCAAAAUUUAUUUUCUGGGUCCAUUCCGGAAGAAUUGGGAAAACUAAACACCCUUCUUCAAUUGGAUUUAAGUUUUAAUGAGUUAAAUGGUUCUCUUCCAACUUCAUUGGGGAAUAUAAGCAACUUGGAAACUUUCAAUGUAGGCCAAAAUCAAUUCUCUGGAUCCAUUCCUGUAGAAAUAGGAAAAUUGGCGAACUUGGAAACUUUGGAUGUAGCCCAAAAUCAACUCUCUGGAUCCAUUCCUCGGGGAAUAGAAAACUUGACGAAGUUGACAAGGCUUUAUUUGUUUGAAAACCUGCUCACCGGUCACUUACCUGAAAAUGUUUGUAGCGGUAGAUUACUCCAGUAUUUCAGCAUAAGAAAUAACCAUUUGGUAGGCCCAUUACCCAAAGACAUGAAAAACUGCACAAGCUUGAUUAGACUCCGUCUUAAUGACAACCAGCUAGAAGGAAAUAUAGAUGCAGACUUUGGAGUCUAUCCAAACUUGACCUUUAUUGAAAUCAGCCACAAUCGAUUUUUCGGAGAUAUCUCAACUAAGUGGGGUCAAUGCACACAAUUAACUACUCUAUGGAUUGCCGGGAAUAAUGUGAAUGGUAAUAUACCUCCAGAGAUUGGAAAUUGGACUCAGCUAUAUCGUCUUGACUUUUCUAUGAAUCAUUUGGUUGGAAGGAUCCCGAGGGAGUUGGGAAGGUUGACUAAUUUGCUGGAUUUGAGGUUGAACGGCAAUCAUUUUUCUGGUGGUAUUCCUCAUGAGCUCAGAUCACUUACCAAUCUCAAAUUUCUUGACUUAUCAGGGAACAUAUUGAGCUCUAUGCCAGAUAGCAUUGGAGCUUUGUCGAAUCUCCAUUACUUGAAUUUAAGCUGCAACAAAUUCAGCCAAAGAAUUCCAAUUCCAUUUAGUGACUUAGUUCACCUUUCUCAACUUGAUUUGAGUUCUAACUUGCUUAUCGGAGAAAUACCAGCACAAUUCACCAAGUUGAAAGACCUGGUGACCUUAAAUUUCGCCUUCAAUAAUCUUUCGGGUCCUAUUCCAAAUAGCAAAGUAUUUCAAGGUGCUCCGGCGGAAGCAUUCCGAGGAAACAAAAACUUGUGUGGCAAUGUGAGUGGAUUGCAAGCAUGUCAACUGCCACACAAGGAAGAUAGACAUGGUCCAACAAAGAGCAAUAAGAUUGUGUUUAUAGUUGUGUUUCCUCUCUUAGGAGCACUUGUUAUGUCAUUUGUAAUAAUUAUUGUGUUUCAUAAACUCCAAAGACGAAGGAAGGGCGACGUUGAGAAUGACAAGCAAUCAGUUACAAUAUCUAUGUUUGAUAGGACAGUGAAAUUUGAAGACAUCAUGGAAGCAACCAACAAUUUUGAUGUCAUGUAUUGUAUUGGGGAAGGGGGUCAUGGAACUGUCUAUAAAGCCGAUCUUCUAUCAGGUGAUAUUGUAGCUAUCAAGAGAUUCCACUGUUUACUUGAUAGUAGCAAUUCAGCAGAUCAAAAAGAGUUUUUCAACGAGGUCAAUGCCUUAACAGAGACAAAGCAUCGAAAUAUUGUGAAACUUCAUGGCUUUUGCACACAUUCAAGAUACACAUUCUUAGUUUAUGAUUAUCUUCAGAGAAGUAGCCUGGCCAAAAUUCUAAGCAACAACGAGGAAGCGAAAGAAUUGGAUUGGUGUAGGAGGGUGAAUGUCAUCAAAGGUGUCUCUCACGCCUUGUCUUACAUGCACCAUGAUUUAUCAUCGCCAAUCAUUCAUCGAGACAUAUCGAGCAAAAAUAUUUUGUUAGACUUGGAAUACAAAGCUCGUGUUUCUGACUUUGGCACCGCUAAGCUUCUCAACCAGGAUUCAUCUAAUUGGUCAAAACUAGCUGGAACACAUGGAUACAUUGCACCAGAGCUUGCUUAUACGAUGAAAGUGACUGAAAAAUGUGACGUAUAUAGCUUUGGAAUGUUGGCAUUGGAAGUUCUCAGAGGAAGUCAUCCAGGCGAUAUCAUGCCAAGUGCAUCAUCUUCAUCUUCAUAUGAUACUCUACAAGUUAAACUUAAUGAUUUGUUAGACGAACGCCUUUCACCUCCAUCGCAAAAUGUUCUUGAUAAAUUGAACCGCAUCAUGGAGGUGGCCAUUUCAUGCUUAGAUGUGAAUCCACGAUGUAGACCGACCAUGCAACUCGUUUCUAAGUUACUAUCCGACUGAAUAUUUGGAAGGUCAUCAUGGCUUGUGAAAGCCAUAGGUUGUUGUGGAGUAAAUAAAUACACUCUGUAUGUACGAUUCUCCCAGACGAAAGAACCUUAUCUAGAAGCAGUUUCAUCCGACAGUUAGUUACCGACGGUUACCAGGAGCAGUUACAAGAGAGGUUACCAGAGGCAGUUAACUGACAAAUCCCAAGCUUAUAAAUACAUUUCAUUUGAUAUUUGUAAA